AUUCCUCCUCCACCUACAUCAGACAGCUGGAGACCAAGGUGCGGAUACUGGAGGAUGAUAAAAAUAAGCUCCUCUCUCAGCAGUGCAACCCAGGUGACCUCCGUGUCCUGAGGAAGGGAAUGACUCUGUACCACUCAGAGUCCCAGCUGUCCUCACUGCCCCAGCGCCAGGAAGCCAUGCACAUGGGUACUAACCGUCUAACAACCAGUGAGUCGUCCCCUGCCACUGGCUACCUGUCCUGCGUCCAGAAGCCCGAGGCUGUGGUCCAUGCCAUGAAGGUGCUGGAGGUGCACGAGAAUCUGGACAAGCAGGUUCCAGAGGACUAUGAGGAUGAUCUGAGCGAGAAAGAGAAGGCCAUUGUGCGAGAGAUGUGCAAUGUGGUGUGGCGAAAACUGGGUGAUGCUGCGGGAUCAAAGCUGUCCGUCAGACAGCACCUCUCUGGGAACCAGUUCAAGGGUCCGCUGUAGCAUGGCAACAGGCAACAUGACUGCAAAACCCAUCAGGAUCUACGCUCACCCCCAAACCACCACCUUACUAACUGCCUACAUGACCCUACUGUCCACGACACUGAGCGCUCCCUCAAACCUCCCCCUCUGUAAGGACUGGCUCAGAAUGGACUCUGAUCGUUACAAGUUUUUAUGUCAAAAGGUGGAGUUGACAACUGGCAGCUAGUUUCACCGAUUCACUCCCUUUUAGCUUCAGUUUUUGCACCACACGCUCUCUGUUCACAACCACAAACACGCCCUUCGUUUGAGCUUUCAGUAGCAUCGCUGUGCUUCAUGGUUCCGAGCACAGACCUGACAGAUCAGUCUGCGAGCCGCAGUGAUGAGACCAGUGUGGCCGUAUGCUCCGAUAACUUUUGACACUACUUCCUAUAGAGACCCCAGCUCCUGCCAUCCUCGCCCCCUAGUGCUCAAUGAGUAAGAUAUGUAAAUGUUAACCAAGUGAACCCCACUGUGAUCUAGCGCCUUUUGCUCAUAAGCCUCUGAACAAUUAGGGAUCACUGUUAACGCGUGUAUAUUCUGUAUAAAACCAUAGCAUUACUUCAUUCUUACCGUUGAUUUAUCUUUUUGUAUUCUACCGUG